AUAUAUACGUAUAUAUAUUUACUUUCGGAGGCCAUAAGAACUCGCAUAAAAAUCAAACAAAUGUGAAAAAUAACUAAACAAAUUUCUAGUUGGAUAAAGUCGUGAAAUUUCAUGAGAUAAAAAUGUAAAAAUAAAUUAUACUUCAUGUGAGAGAAUUAUCAAAAAAACUAUAAAUUCUACAAGGAAAAAAAAACAAAUAAAUUCCCCAAGUAAUCAUGGAGCUAAUCAGAAAGUACAAACAGGGAAAGCUAACCACUGGUGAUAUACGAAAUCUGAAUAAUAUAGUAAUAUGUCUACUGAUACUCGUUGCUGUUUUUUCCAUUGUAUGGAGCUUUUCGCUGCGGAUGUUAUCAAAUGAUUUCUAUGAUGGCAUUAUCAGUCCCGAACUACAAUUUCGACGACGCGAAGAGCAUUCAAAUCAGGAGGUAUUCCAUAGAGAUUUUGUCAGGAUACGACAGUCAUUUAGUUAUGGCAAUAGGAAUACCAUAGAAAAUGAUGCCAUAACUGAAUCUCUAACCACCGAAAGCCAAACUUCAAUGCCAAUCGUCUCGCAUAUCUAUGCACUGAAGGAGGAUCGAUCAAUUCCUGAACGUAGAAUUGCCGAAGAAAAUAAAACCACAAAGGCUACCACGAAAUCUCCACAGCCAACUGUGGAGCCCAAUCCUGAAGCAGAUCUUCAAUUUCUGGAGCAUAUGUCUAUUGAUAUACAUACCACAAUAUGGAGCAGAGGAUUAAGUGCUCAGUUUGUUUAUGCAUUUCCUAUAUUAUCUGAAAUUCUGGCCGUUAUAUGGACAGCAAUGUGCCUGAUCUUUCGAACGGGCAGCAAAAAGAACUCCGUUUUGCCGCAACCUUGGCGUAUUGUAGUUCCAUCGAUAAUAAUUUACACCCUAAUGAGCUUGGCCAGUGUGGCAUAUACGAUUGUAACGAAUGGACAUUUGAAGCGUUUAUGCGGCCAGCUACGUCAGAAUGUCACAACUCCAAUCAGUUGUGGCGAUGCCAUUGCCCUGCUGCGUCCCUAUAUACGGGAACAUUAUGUCUCCCAUGAUGUGUACUUGGACCUCUUCCGUGCCAGCUAUAUAAUUGUAAUGGUGCUCUGGCUGAUGGCAUUAAUUAUAACAGUGUUGCGCUUCAUUUUUGCUGUCGACUUCCAAUUGGUCGACAUCGAUGAAAUGUUUGACCAACAUCGAGCUGAGGUGCCUCCCCAGAUGGUCUCCAUUCAGCCAGUUUAUACAGAGAUCGUGCAAAGCAGUCCACAGCAUCAGCAGAUCGAACCAGGACAGAGGCCACGAUCCGAAGAUGAUUAUCAGAGUGCCAAGUCUCGAUUGAGUGACCUGGCUAUGCCGUUGCUUGAGCAACGGACGAGUUUAGCAUAGAAAUUAAAUGUUUUAAUGCAUUAUGUAUACUUAAGCACAUAUAAGCAAUCUCAGGUUUAUUUUUAUACUAAAAUAACUAUAAUAAUGUUCAGUGAUCAUUUAAUUGAUUAUUGAUUGAUGUACAUAAGCUUAAAACAAGGAACUAGUGCCUCGAAAUAAAAUGUAUAGGUUUAUGAUGCCUUCACUUAGCAUAUGUAAA